GCGAAGAGGAUCCGGGGCUAAGCCAGCCUCCCGGCCGGCCGAAGAAAACAGCGCCUGCCUAGCUGGCGGGGCUGGUGACGUCCGCGGAGUCACCGCCGCCGCCGCUGCUGCUGCCGCCGCCGCCCACCGGGGUCCCUAUCCCCGACCUCCAGCCGGGGAGCCGCCAUGUGGUUCUUCUCCCGGGACCCGAUCCGGGACUUCCCCUUCGAGGCCGUCUCGCCUCCGGAGCCGCCGCCGCUGCCCUUGCCGGGGGGAUCCUGGCUACUGCACCGCGGCAGGAGGAAGGCCACGGGGGAACCAGUGUCUCUGUUUGUGUACGACGUGAAACCCGGCCACGAAGAACAGACUCAGAUCGCCAAGGCGGCCUUCAAACACCUCAAAACCCUACGGCACCCCAAUAUCCUGUCCUACAUUGACGGGUUAGAGACGGAGAAAUGCUUGCAUGUGGUGACGGAGCCAGUGAUGCCACUUCCGGCCUACCUGGAGUCCAGAGGCGAAGGGCGAGAGUUGAGUGAGCUGGAGAUCUCGUGGGGCCUCCAUCAGAUUGUGAAAGCCCUCAGCUUCUUGGUCAACGACUGCCACCUCAUCCACAACAACAUCUGCCCCGCGGCCAUCUUUGUGGACCGUGCUGGCGAGUGGAAGCUGGGAGGUUUGGACUACAUGUGCCCUGCUCAGGGGGAUGCUGCCGUGCUGAGGAAAGGGGUCCCUGAGCUGGAGAAAUACGACCCUCCAGAGUUAGCCGACAGCAGCAAGAGCGUUGGAGAAAAAUGGUCAGCAGACAUGUGGCGUCUUGGCUGCAUCAUCUGGGAGGUCUUCAAUGGCCCCCUGCCUCGGUCAUCUUCCCUCCGGUCUCUUGGCAAGAUCCCCAAGUCUUUGGUCCCCCAUUAUUGCGAGCUGGUGGGUGCCAACCCCAAGCUGCGGCCCAACCCGGCCAAGUUUCUGCAGAACUGCCAGGGGCCGGGGGGCUUCAUGGACAACAGCUUUGUGGCGACCAACCUCUUUCUGGAGGAGAUCCAGAUUAAGGAGCCCGCGGAACGGCAGAAGUUCUUCCAGGAGCUCAGCGCGAACCUCGACUCCUUCCCCGAGGAUUUCUGCCGCCACAAGGUCCUCCCGCAACUGCUGACGGCGUUUGAGUUUGGCAGCGCUGGGGCUGUCAUCCUCAUCCCACUCUUCAAGGUGGGGAAAUUCUUGAACACCCAGGAAUACCAGCAAAAAAUCAUUCCCGUCAUUGUGAAGAUGUUCUCCUCCCCAGACCGGGCAAUGAGGAUCCGGCUGUUGCAACAGAUGGAGCACUUCAUCCAGUACCUGAACGAGCCCACGGUCAACACCCAGAUCUUCCCCCACGUGGUCCACGGCUUCCUGGACACCAACCCAGCCAUUCGUGAGCAGACGGUGAAGUCUAUGCUGCUGAUGGCUCCCAAGCUGAACGAGAACAACCUCAACGUGGAGCUCAUGAAGCACUUUGCCCGCCUGCAGGCCCGGGACGAGCAGGGCCCCAUCCGUUGCAACACCACCGUGUGCCUCGGCAAGAUCGGGCCCUACCUCAGCGCGAGCGUGGCGCACUUGGUUCCCCCACCAUUUAAUCCCCCAAACGACAACCCUGCGAGGUAGGUUAGGCUGGGAGGCAGGGACUGGCCCAAUGUCACCCAGUAAGCCUCAUGGCUGAGUGGGGAUUUGAACCGUGGUCUCCCAAGGUCCCAGUUUCUCAUUUAAUCCCCAGAACAAUAACCCUGUGAGGUAGGUAAGGCUGAGACUGGCCCCAAAGCUUCAUGGCCGAGUGGGGAUUUGAACCCUGGUGUCUUACAGGUGCGAUGGAAGAAGAUGGACAGGUUGUGCUGUGUUGUGAUUCCUGCGUCACAGAGGGUUGGACUAGAUGAUCCCUGUGGUCCCUUCCGACUCUACAGUUCUGUGAUUCUAUGACCCUUUUAUUUGCAGACGAGGCAGAGCGUCCUGAUCUCGGCC